AUGAACCAGUUCAAGGCCGAGACGAUUAAACAUUGCCUCUUGUUUGAAAAAUCUCAAUAUCAAAUUAGAAAAAAUGAACAUCCAACAACUGCUAAAUGGUGGAGAGCCUUUGGUUAUCCAGCACAAUUAAAUGAUAAUAAGGAGUUUCAAAGAAUUGAAGGAUUUAUCAGUUGUUAUAAAUGCAAGAACACUCAAAUUUACAACAAGUUAAGUGGUACCAAACGUUACAAAGAGCAUGCUGAUAAAUGCUUUCCCAUAUUGAAUAUUACAGCAACAAUAUCAUCAUCAUCAACAACGACAUCAUCACCAUCAUCAACAACUUCAUCAUGA